CCAAGAUGGCGGCGCCCAGGGGCAAGGUGGGCAUGCUACGGCUGUUCCGGGGUUGUAUUACUGGCCAUCAGCUACUUUACUCUUCAUCAGUUGAUUGUAUCUACUUACCCAAGCAGUCAAGCAUUCAUCAAAGAAGGCACCUCUUUUUUCAGAGACAAAGCAAUGCUCCUUAUAGCAUAGUCAGACCAGCUAUGGUUUCUGCAGCUCAUCCAGUUCCAAAGCACAUAAAGAAGCCAGACUACGUGACGACAGGCAUUGUACCCGACUGGGAAGACUACAUAGAAAUUAAAAACGAAGAUCAGAUUCAAGGGCUUCGUCAGGCUUGUCAGCUGGCCCGUCACGUUCUGCUUCUAGCUGGGAAGAGUUUAAAGGUUGGCAUGACUACAGAAGAAAUAGAUUGCAUGGUUCACCAUGAAAUAAUCAGGCAAAAUGCCUACCCAUCACCUCUGGGCUACAGAAAUUUCCCAAAAUCUGUUUGUACUUCGGUAAACAAUGUGGUUUGUCAUGGGAUUCCUGACAGCCGCCCUCUCGAGGAUGGUGAUAUUAUCAACAUCGAUGUCACAGUAUAUUUCAAUGGCUACCAUGGUGACACUUCCGAAACAAUGUUAGUGGGGAAUGUGGAUGAGUCUGGUCAAAAGUUAGUGGAGGUUGCUAGGAAAUGUAGAGAUGAAGCAAUUGCAGCUUGCAGACCUGGGACUCCUUUCUCUGUAAUUGGAAACACAAUCAGCCAUAUAGCCCAUCAGAAUGAUUUUCAAGUCUGCCCCUACUUUGUUGGGCAUGGAAUAGGAUCUUAUUUCCACGGCCACCCUGAAGUCUGGCAUCACGAGAACGAAAGCGAUUUGUUAAUGCAAGAGGGCAUGGCAUUCACAAUAGAGCCAAUCAUAAUGGAAGGAUCUUCUGAAUUCAGAAUCCUGGGGGACAACUGGACUGCAGUAUCUUUGGACAAUAAAAGGUCGGCCCAGUUCGAGCAUACCAUUGCGAUCACUUCGAGGGGCGCAGAGAUCCUGACGCGAGUGGCCGGAGAAGCGUGAGGGCCCGUGGAAGUGCCGAGGCGGCCUGGCGCGGGAAGGCGGCGAUGCCCGCGGUUCGCCGGGGGAGGCUCGCAGGCGGGCCGUGGCUUCUCUGCGAGGCGUCCCAGCCCGGGCUGCGGAGGCGUGAGGCGGCGGGGAUGGAGUCCCGCGGAAGUCCCUCGGGGCCAGGAGGAGGCGGCGGGCUCGCCGCGGCUUCCCGAGGCGGCUUCCACCCGGCGAAGGCCCCGGACGCGGCCGUCGAGGGAGCGAGGCCCUGCGCCGCCAGGAGCCGCGUCGUGGCGCGAUUCCCACCCCUCCUUGGCGCUCGACGGCAGGGGCGCCUCUUCUUGGUGGGCCAGGCGAAGCAUGAACUCCUCUCUGCGCUCGCCGGAGCGCGGCGUUGCGAGUGUGCUGUGCCGAGAUCCCAGCGUGGCCAUCGCCUCUCUCUCCUGGGCCCUGCUCCUCGUGUGCGUUUCCGGCCUUGGACGGGUGUAUAUAACUAACUCUCUCUAUACAGGCACGCCACAAAAAAGGGAGGGCCGGUGCCCGGAGGCAUUUGGAAAUCAAAUAAAACGGGCAUCUUGCUCUUGCCAAUCUG